CAGCCCCAAUCAAUCGGAGCCGAGAACUGCUGUUUACUGUGGAGAUUAAAGUACUGAGAUCUGUCACGGCGAUAAAUAUCGUGGAACAUCAGUGAUUGCACCUGUAGAAACAGAGGGAUAAAUCGUACAAUCUGAUCCCCCGUGAUUGAAUUAUCAGCAUCAUCCUGGUGGCCGGAUUCUGUCCCUGGAUUUUUUUUUGUUAAUUUUGGACGUUUUGCUAUUCCUGCAUAUUUGCUUUCUUGGAUUUUAGCUUAUCCAAUAUUUUCGCAGUAGGAAAUAACGUUUUACUCCAUCGAGCCGGAAAACGCAGCUGAAUUUUGCACCCGCUUUUGGCAAGGACUUGUCUCGCAUUAGUCGUGCAAAAUGAGAAUACUACAAAUUGCAAAGAGGAAGGAAAAACCGUCUUUCAAAACUUGUGACACUUCAAGUGAAAUACGUGUAGGUUAUGAAUUGAAAGAGAAAGAUUUGGGAAAACUACACAAAGCUGCUUCUGCUGGGGAUUUGAAUAGACUUCGGCAGCUCAUUAAGAAAAAGGAUGUUAAUCAACUGGAUAAACAAAAUAGAGCACCACUGCACCUUGCAUGUGCAAAUGGACAUGCUGAUGUAGUUGCUUUGCUUGUUGAAAAUAAAUCAAAUCUGAACAUUUGUGACAACGAAAACCGCUCUCCUUUGAUGAAGGCAGUGCAGUGUGAACAGGAGCGUUGUGUAGUUAUCUUACUAAGCCAUGAUGCUGAUCCUAAUCUGGUGGACAUUAAUGUAUAUACUGCUCUGCAUCUUGCUGUUCUGAUCCCUAACAUCACUUUGGCAACGCAUUUGCUGGAGUAUGGGGCACACUUAGAUGCCCGAGAUAAGAACGGAUAUACCCCUCUGCUGUUAGCAGCUACUAGGAACCACCAAAAAAUGGCAAAAUGUCUUCUUAAAAAGGGUGCUGAUGUGAAUGCAAAGGACAAAACUGGGAGAACUACCCUGAUGAUUGCUGCAAGCAAUGGACAAACUAACUUAGUUAAGCUGCUUCUACGUCAUGGUACAGAUGCUUCUUUAAAAGAUGAUAAUGGAUGGACAGCUGACGAUUAUGCACUUAGGAAUGGACAACAUGCUUGUUCUCAUCUAAUCACUGAACAUCAUACAAAAAAGAGACAUCGGUCAUCACGCUUUAAAUCAGGAGCGAUGAAAGAGAUGCCCAGUAGAUCAGACCACUCUGCUGAAGUAAACUUGGGAUUUGGAGAACCAGCCAUGAAUAAAGAGAUCGAUACAGAAUAUCAGGAGAGUCCUAAACUGAAGUCAAGAACAAGACGUUCUGUAAAAGUGAUAGGUGAUAAUUCUCUGACAGAACCUUUCAGUGGGGAGUCAAAGAGUGCUGUAAAUUCCUGGUUGUCCUCAGAUGAAGAAGAUAAUGUGCCAUGUUCUUCCAAGACAAUCCAGAAGUUUAAUUUGACCAACUUGCUAAAUUCUUCACAGCGAUACAAGGAAAACAUGAUAGAUGAUAUUUCUCUGACAGAACCUUUCAGUGGGGAGUCAAAGAGUGCUGUAGAUGCCUGGUUGUCCUCAGAUGAAGAAGAUAAUGUGCCAUGUUCUUCCAAGGGCAUGUUCUUCGAAGAGGAGGAGGCCCAGCCUUUAAAAGCUUGUUCCAAAAGGAAUAACUUGGGCUCAAAUGAGGAGGAAUAUGAAAAUCAACAUAAUCAAGAGAGGCCAAUCAAAGAAGAUCUUUUAUCUUUCAUGAAUGUGUUAUCUGCCUUUGAAGAUAGUUCUGCAAGUGAGAUAUCCGUAGAUGAAGAGAAAGCUCGCAAAGCCUCUUCAAAUGAAAUGAACAGGAAAGCAAUGAAUAUUUCUGAUGACCUGAGUAAUCUCACACAGUUGUUUGAUAGUAGUGAAAGCGACUCAGAAUCUUCUGAUCUCAUGCACACAAUUAAGGCGCAAUUAUUCCAAAUUGAUGUGGAGACGAUAGACUCAGUAAGUUUACUGAAAAUCCAAAAUAUGGUUCAGGAAUAUGAAAGAGAAUUGGAACGAGAAAGGAAAGAUAAUGCCUUUCUCGCAAAGAAAGUGAAAUAUCUAGCGAAUGAGCGUAAAGAACUCGGUCAAAUAUUGAUGGAAGCUAGAGUUAAGAAAUUGAAACUGGAGUAUAAAAUAAUGGAGAAGGAUCUUGAAGUUAAAUACUACAAAAUGAAACAAGAAAAGGAGAAAUGGAUAACUGCAGAAAUGUUGUUAGAAAAAAGCUGUGAACAUCUUCAGAGAAAGGAAUCCCAGUAUUGUGAAGAAAUCCAAGCAAAACAUAAGUUUGAACAAAUGUUAAGAAACCUGGAGAUAGAAAGGGGCACAGUGAUGAUCAAUGUGAAAAAGCUGAGUGAAGAAAACAAAGAGUUGCAAAUCCAAUUAAACCAGGAGAAAGCAAAAUGUGAAGAGAUUCUGAACAGGCAUCUGCACAAUCAGCAAAAGAUUGCUGAAGAAAAUAAUACGACUGUACAGGAAAUAGAGCCUCUUGCUCAAUGCGACAAUCACCACAAUGAAGAAGCACUGAUGGAACACAAUUGUACACUACAGCAGGAAGUUACUGUGCUCAAGCGUGAAUUGAAAUAUUUGUGUGAACACCAUCAAGAGGAACGGGAAAAGUAUAUGGAACAGAUUGAGACUUUAAAAGUAGAGCUUGAAGAUACAAAGAAGGGUUUAAGAAGUAGUCAAAAUAACCUAACUCAAACAAACUUACAGGAUAAUAGUCAGCUGAAUGCCAUGAAAAGUGAAGUUUUAUUGCUGACUUCCAAACUUGAGACACAAAGAACAGAUCAACAGAAUGAGAAGGAAUCUAUUCUUUCACGUUUGAAUGCAACAAUUCAAGAAUUGGAACGUAGUCAGAAGGCCAACUGUGAAUUUAGACAAAUUCUUCAAAGGGAAUGUGAUGAAUGGGUUCAUUUAGAUGAAAAAAGAAAUAAUGAAAUAUCUAAUCUUCGUGCAAUCAGUAAGGAAAUGUCACAUAAAUUAACUAAAGAGGAAAGAAAAGCCAAUGAUUUAGACAAGAAACUUCAUCAUGCUAAACUUUCUCUUGCUGAGAAAAACAGUAUGCUUGAAAGUGUUCAGAAAGAGCUGAAGCAGUUUCAGGAGCAUGUAACUGAUCCAGAACAAACAAAUAAAGUGGAAAAAGGACAGUUAAGCAAAUAUGAAGUUUCUCUGGUAUCUUUACAAGAGAGACUAGCCCAAGCUCAUAGUGAAAUUACACUGUUACGUCAACAGCUCAAAGAUGCACAAAACAAAGUUAUAAUGAAGGAAAAGGUGGUUACUGAUGUUCACGACAAAUUCAAUAAUACACUUGCUAAACUGCAAAAAGAUAGUGAGCAGAGGAUCAGUUUGUUGGAGAAAAGAAAUGAGGAGUUGUUGAACAAGAACAUGGAACAAAGCAAAUAUGAAAAUGAAAUAGGUGUAAAAGAGGUUUUGUUCAGACAGCUUCAACAGGAUCUCGCUGAUUCGCUGAAAAAACUUGCUAUGUCAGAGGCCUCUUUGGAAGUGGUCACACGUUCUCGCAAUGAAAUAGAGGGUGAGAAAAAUCAUUUACAGCAGCAAUUGUAUAGAUUGAAAAUUAAGUUACAGGAGAACAAAAACAAAAACAUGCAAUCAAAAAGGAAAAUUCAGCAAUUGGAGAAUGCUUUGAAAGAGAAAGAAUAUGAGAUUGCAGCUUCCCAGAAAAUUCAAGAAGCCUUUUCAACCUCCUCACAAAGAAAUGAGACUAAAAAUCAUCUCAAAGAUCAGAUUCAGAGAAUGAGAACACUCUUGAAGACUACCAAAAAGAAGCUGAAACAAAAUGAAGUUAGACUGAUCAACUCCCAUAUCAACGGAAAUGAAGAACCGGACCAUGAGCAAAAUGAAACAGCAGACGCUGUUAGCACACUAAAGAGGAAGAUUCAUGAAUUGUCCCACCAACUUGAAGGAGGAUCUGCAAAAUGCAAGCAUCUGGAAUCAACAAAUGAAGAACAAAUCAAGGCAAUGCAUUUUCUACAAAAGAGUCAUGAUCAUCUAGAGCAAAGGUAACAGCAGCUAGAGGAGGAAAUAUUGCACAUGAAAACUCAGGCUGAAACUCAAAGCAGUUACUUGAAGAGCUACAAGAAGAAAAUGAAGAAACAAGCUCGGAAGAAAGUAAUACAGAAAAUGGAAGAAGUUAAUACAUUUUUGAAAAUCCAUCAAGUCUCCAGUGAAACUUUGGAGGAAAUUAAAGCUUCAAAUGAGCUUUCAUCUAGAUAUGAACUGGAACAGAGAAACACCGAGACCUAGAAUGGGAGCUGAAUAAGUUCAGAACUUCACAACAAGGGACUCUGAAACUUAAAGGACCUGCAGAGAAGGAAAUUGAAAAAAACAAAGAGUUGCAUUCACUACAAUCUAAACCAUGUAAAUCCACUGCAGCACAGCUUAAUGGAUCAAAUGAAAGUUUGGCAGAAGCCACAGGUGAGCUGGUUAAAGAACGUUUUCAUUCAAAAUCGUUGAUUAGUGAUAGCAAUGAAAAUAAAAGUUUAACCACAACAUGCACUCAGAAUGGGAGCCAUCUGCAAAGUAGAUUGGGUAAUGGCAGUGACUUGGAAAUUUCCCACAAAGAUAGAGGAAGUAACUUAAAUCCAGGAGUGGAUGAACUGCCUCCUUACAGAAAAGUAGAGUCACAUCCCUCUAAGUUUGUUGUCUUUUGCAACUUGAUUGCUUGUCCAUCCUUUGAAAUUGAAAGAAACAAAGAGUUGCAUUCACAGCAAUCUGACCCAUGUGAAUCCAUUGCAGCACAGCUUCAUGGAUCCAAUGAAAGGUUAGCAGAAGGCACAACUGAGCUGCUUAAAGAACACUUGUUCGAAAUCAUUGAUUGAUAAUAGCUUUAGAAUUGAAAGUUUAACCACAUGGGCUCAGAAUGGGAGCCAUCUGCAAAGUAGAUUGGGUAAUGGCAGUGGCUUGAGAAUUUCCCAUAGAGAUAUAGGAAGUAACUUAAAUCGAGAAGAGGAUGAACUGCUUCCCAGCAGAAAAGUAGAGUCAUACCUUUCUGAGUUUUGUGAAAUCUCCGCCAAGUUUGAAGAUGCGGGAUGAAUUGAGGAAAGGUAUUAACAGAGAACUUGCUCAAGCCUAUGCCGACUUGGAUGAUGUGUGUUCACAUAUCUCACCCAUGGGAUCUACUAGUUCCUCCCUGACAAAAUCAGACCAAAUUCAGGAUCCUCUAACUACAAGCAUAGCACAGUACCGGAAAGUUUUAAAGGACAAUCACCAGAUUUGAAUUGCACCAUAUAUUUAAUAUUAAGAUCCUGUAUAAAGCAGGUCAGAAUUACAUAUUGUAUGUAUUCAUCCAGUAAGUUUGUUAGUAAUAUCAGUACAUUAGUUAAUUGAUUAAAAUAUUAAAUUUUAUACUUCUGCAAAUUUUUGCUCAGGAAUAUUUUUAUGUAAACUACUCUACAGGACUUAUUUUUAUUGUUGCAGAUAAUGUAAUGCCAAUACUGACAGAACUGUUUCUUAUAACUAUUAACAUUCAUUAUCUGAAUAAGAAACAUCUCAUCAAAGUGCAUUUUAAUCACAAACUGUUCCAAAACGGAGUUUGUAAAUAAUACCUUGGUAAAAUUGCCAUAUGCUUGGUGUUUAUUCCAUUGUCACACUGUAUUUAUUCUACACUAGUUUACCUUGUGAAAUAGUGCCAAGAUUUUAAGAACUUGCUUUCGUACAUGGUGCAAAGGCAUUGCACUGUACAAGUUUUCAAAGUAAAUAUGAAUGUUUUGUUAUAUCAUACAAGAAUUUAUCUAGUAUAGGAAGUUUAAUAUUUUGAGAAUGUAUGAUCACAAUAAUACUACAAACAAGCCAGUUAUUUUUAAACCCAUCUGCUUAUAACUUUGUCUUUAAAUGCAGCCUCUAAUCAGUCAAGUAAAAUAAGUAUCAUCAAAUGGACCUAAGAAUUUUAAUUAACAUUUUCUAUACUCAUGUGAUGGUUUGAUUAUUCCAUUCAAAAAACCUCAUUCCAUUAUUUCUGAACCUCAUGCAAUAUAUUUUGGUGGAAAAAAAUUGCUCACAGAAUUGGCUCAGUUAUCAAAAUUAAACAAGUUUAAUAAAAUUCACCGGUUCUUAUAUAAAUGGAUCCUAUUGAAAAACAUUUAAUUCCAUGUAAGUAGCAUUUCCAUUUUAUUGACAGUUUUUAAAUUCAUUGUUUUUGUUUACAUCCAUCCACUGAGUCCAACAUAGAGGCAGCAUUAUUGAGAUGGUGCCAUCUACUGGAAUACCUGCGUCUAGUAAACUGGUGCUUUCAAAAUGCCACUGGCUGCAGCGGACCUAUCUACCUCAGAAGUGAUGACCCCCAUUAUAAAAGUGUUAAUUUGUAAAAGUUGAUCAAGCACAACCACCAGCAAGUGUGUCUCCCUUCUCUCCUUUAACCCAUCCAUACCAAUAUCACCCCUGGUAUUUCCAAUGUCCUGAAAAUGGUGACACUGAAUUGUGUAAAUACCCAAUACAACAUCCUCCUUAACCUUUUGCAAUAAUGUUGAAAUGAGGUUUAUGUUAACAAAAAAAAUCUUUACAAGUGAUUAAAACUAUACUUAUACUUGCAUUGAGUGUUCAUGUUGGUGGAUUCACAAAGCAAAUUAAAUAUAUACAAUUGGUACAAUGUGAACUGGAGACUCAGUUUAUUAUUCACUCUUGUCUGAAUAAAUAAAAUAUUUAUAAAAUUCUCUGGGUAUAUUUAAAGUAUAGAAUCUUAAUUUCAUGAAUAUUUAAAUAUGAUGCAUUUCCUUUAAAAUUAUAAACAAAUUCAUGUCUUGUUGCUGCCACAUUCUCAAUUUUUCCAUUACAAGCUUACUUUCUACCAUUGGCGAAUUAAAAUGCCACAUUUUCCUGCAUUUGUUUAUUUUCCCUUGUGCUUUCAAGGGAGAACGACUGUCAUUUGGUUCUGUGUGCAGUUUAGAACUUUAUUUGCUUUUCCACUUUUUUCAACUAAAGUGAUUGACUUCACAUUUUUCCAUAUUAUUCCUUCUCUCAUUUCACACCAUUAGUCCACCUGUGUGACUUGAGUCUAUAUACACUGUUACGUACCCCGUAACUGGGUUGCCAAACCAGCAGAAAUGGAUCACUCAGUUGGAGUCUGGAGUACUAGAACUAAGAAAGUUUUAUUAAAGAAACAAGCAACACAGUAAUCGAAAGGAUAAUAAAUGCAACAGUUCAACAAUGAUAACCACACAUGUGCACAGAAUUAAGAUAACAGCAUCAAUCAAGCUCUAUCAUUGUCUAGGGGGUAAAUGACCAAAUUUCAAAAUGACUCAAAGUUCAGUCCAGUUCAGUUCGCAGUAAUCGUUGCCAUGGCGAGGGACAACGUGGGGGGAGAGAGAGAUAGAAUAGGAACAACUGAUCAUUCAGAACACUGCUUCACUCACAGACCAGCGAGAUGGCUCACAGACCAGCGAGAUGGUUCACAAACAGCUUUUGGGCGGGUCCUUGGUGAUGUCACCUAGGGUCACCGACUGUGACCCCUCCUCCAGAUGCGGUCGAUCCUCUGCAGUGAACCCCGCACCCAGGCAAGGGCGGACACACACCGGGUUCCCGCUGAUCGUACCUUUCCACCCUUGUCGUUGUCUGAUACUUCUCACCCACUCGUGAGAGGCGCACCGCUUCCAGGGUCUCGUUACCUCGGGUGGCGUGUGUCCCUGUCUUAGCGAACCUGUCCCUUUUUAUCCCCCUGCUGGGGUAUCGCCUGUCCAUCACUUCAAACAGUUCAGGGUUCAAAGGGGGGAGCCGCUCCAGACAGCUCUCUCUCCCACAUCCCUUCAUUACACAUCUCCAGACGCUGCUCCAUUGUUCCUUAUCUCUCCUUCCCCUGAGGGCAGGUGGCAGACCAACUGCUGAUGCCACUGAUGCUAGCCCAGGCCAGCAAACAUCUUAAUUUUAUGUGUAUUCUCGUAACAACACUCUCUAUAUACUUUCAAGUCACGCAUCCAACUUUUUAGUAUCAGCAUUCUGUUUGUGUUACAAGUGAUCCUCUUGUCAAAAUCAUUUGCUGAGACCUUUGUGUUUCUGCAUGGAUACAGCAUUGAUUCCUGCAGCGACACAUUUAGGGAAUGGGAGCACAGCUACAUGGUUGUGGAACAUGUAAACUUCACACAGCAGGUCAGCAAUGAACUUGGGUCCUUGGCACUAACUGUGACAUCCCUAUGCCUUCAACAGAAACCUAUGUCACCCACUCCAAACUUUGUGACUUGAAUUCAGCUGAUUGUAUUGACCCAUUUUCACACAACUUACACAGCAAUCCAUAUUUUUUUUAAUACACAAACAACAGGAAUUCUGCAGAUGCUGGAAAUUCAAGCAACAUACAUCAAAGUUGCUGGUGAACGCAGCAGGCCAAGCAGCAUCUAUAGGAAGAGGCGCAG